GGCGCAAGACAGAGAAUUGCAUUUCGGGAGAAAUAUGGCGCUGCUCAUGUCGAGGUGUCAGUGAAGUGUCAGAUGUAGCAGCAGCCGCCAUGCCGAAAUAUUUUGAGGAUAAAGAGGAGGAUGGGCACCCUUGUGCCGGGGUGAAGGAGGAUCUGAAGAGCUGCCUGCUGGAGAGUGCCUGUGUCCUGGAAGGAAAGACCCCCAAGGAGUGUCUGAAGGAAGGCCACUGCAAGGCUCUGCAGGUCACCUUCUUUGAGUGUAAGAGAUCAAUAUUGGACAACAGAGCGCGUUUCCGUGGAAGGAAGGGUUACUGAAGAUGAAGUGAAUGCUGCAGUCCUGGCUUGAUUUAGAAGAGCUCUUGCAGUAGAGAUUGUGCACAUUAAAGAUGUACUAAUACGACUCUGCCCUCCCUGGAAUGGAAGAGGGUGGGGAGCAAUAUCAGGAACAAUUGUUCAGUUUAAUCAUUUAUUCUUAAUAAAAUGUAUAUAUUGAAGUAU